AUGGAUCUGGGACCAGAUGUUAGCCGUAAAGGAGGCGGAGUAGAGGGGAGCAGCAAGCCCACCUACGGCUGUCAGGUGACCAUCCAAGAGCAGGCCCUGCUGACAGCACGGUGGUCUCCAGUGCUGAGCAGAGAGAGGGUGUACAAACGCGUCCGCUACCCCAACGUCUAUGACUGCUACGCCGAGGCCACCAAGACCUCCGCCUUCGUAGGGGGAGCCAAGCUGAUGUUACCCGAGGGGAUAAAGAGAGAGAAUAAUAAGAUGUAUGAAGAGGUGGAGAUUCCUCCUAGUGAUCCCAUGUCCAUCGGCUUUGAGGAGAAACCCAUCUACAUGUGA